GAGAGCCUCUCGUGAAAUCAGGAAGUUAGAAAGGAAGUUGAAAUAGACAAAUCGUUGCCUGUGUAUUGUCGAUCCAAUCAAUCGAAACUCGGCUAUGAACUAAUUAAAAGAGGAGAAAAGAAGAGCAAGUGAAAAGAAGAGAAAACAGAGAAAGAGAAUAGAGUGGGGAAAAUAAGAGAAAGAGCACGCAUGUAUCUCAUGGAUUUGUUAUGUACGUAUAUUACAUAUGUACGACUAAACAGAAGGAAAUAAGGAGAGAAAGAGAGAGAUUAAGAAGAGAGAAAGAGAAGAGAGAAGGUUAAAAACGACAAAAAAUUACAAUUUAUCGAAGUAGGUGGGAGCAUACGAGAAUAUAAACACGUCGGCAAAAUACUUGAUCGAUCAGUCUUCCUCCAACGUUCUCCUGGGAUCUGUUGGAACGUCGGGCUUUUCGAUCAUCGUCGAAGAAGAUCCCUCGCAAUCGACACGUGCGCGCUCUCCUUCAUCCCUAAAAAACAUGGUUCCACUACGAAGUUUCGUACUUCUUAACGGCCUUUUCUUUGUCUUAUUGGCAGCGCGAACAGUAGUGACGCGUGUUAUCGACAAAGACAACUUGGAUGGAAUACUCGAGACUCAGGAUGGUCAGAAUCUUUCCAAAGAACCCUUCAACCUUGAAGAAACCUACACUGCCGAUUUUCUAGCUUACACCUUCAAUGGCACUUGGACAUCGGACACCACGAUAGUUUAUACGGAUAUAAUGACGGGAGAUAUUGUUCAAUUCGACGUUAUCAAGCAACGAUUGACUGUGAUCGUCGAUUCAUCGGUUAUGGACGACUACAUAGUCUCGCAUUACACGUUAUCGCCGAAAGGACGAUAUCUUCUGAUAGGAUACGAUUUUCAAAAGGGAUUCCGACAUUCGAAAUUCAUGAGAUACGUCAUUUAUGAUAUUGAACUUGGAGGAUAUGAUAAAAUUGCUAAUGGGAUGCAUAUAGCGCUUGCCAAAUGGGCACCACUAACAGACGAUUUGAUAUAUAUUCUCGAUAACGAUAUCUACUACAUGCGUUUCUCUAACAACGGUUUUAAUGAUGUUCAAAGAGUGACGUAUGAUGGCAUUGUCGGAAUAGUUUACAAUGGUGUGCCUGAUUGGGUUUACGAAGAGGAAGUGUUCCAUGGAUCAUCGGCCAUAUGGUUUUCGCCAGAUGGUAGUCACUUAGCUUACGCAUCUUUCGACGAUAGAAAUGUGCAAGAAAUCUUGUACCUUCAUUAUGGAGAACCCGGUAAUCUCGUGGACCAAUAUCCCACGGAAGUGAAGAUCAAGUACCCUAAGGCUGGCACUUCGAAUCCUGUGGUAUCUUUGACGCUCGUCGAUCUUCACGAUCCUACGUUAAAUAAGAUCGAUUUGAAGGCUCCCAUUGAGGUUGUUGGCACAGACAAUGUACUGUCCAACGUUCAAUGGAAAGAUUUUGAUCAUGUCAUUGCUAUGUGGUCUAAUCGCGUACAAAACAAGACUGAAAUAGUUUGGUAUAAUAAGUACGGUGAAAUUGUUAAGACAUUGGAUGUUGUGGAACACGAGGGAUGGGUGGAAAUAAAAAAUCUAUUCUUCUACAAAGAUUUCGUUUACAUGCGGAAACUACAACCGUCUGGUACGAAGGCUGGAAGAUUUCAUCAUGUGACGAGAUACGACGAUACUCUUCGAUCAUCAUCGACUCAAAUGGAUUUAACUCCAGGUGUCACAGAGGUACAAGAUAUUCGUGCAAUUGAUCAUUCCCAUGGUAGAAUUUACUACUUGGCCACUGGACCCGGGGAACCAUCUCAAAGAAAUUUAUAUUCUGUGCCAGCCGAUGGUAGCGAGAAACCUACUUGCAUAUCCUGCAACGUCCUAACGCCGGAAGGUAAUGCGUGUACAUACGCAGAUGCAAUUUUCUCGCCAUUUGGACAGCAUUACGUUUUAAUCUGUCAAGGUCCCGAUCCAAUGAUCGUCGGUAUUUUCGAUAAUAGCCACAAAAAAGUUUAUUCAUGGGAAAACAAUCUGUUUUUACGAAGUAAACUUGCAAGGAGAGAGUUACCUCUUGUCAAAGACUUAUACGUUCGAGCGAAUGGUUACGAGAAUAAAGUCAGACUCUUUCUACCGCACAACUUCGACGAAAGUAAAUCGUAUCCGAUGUUGGUCAAUGUAUACGCUGGACCAAAUACGGCAAAAAUAAUUGACGUUGCUUCGUACGGUUAUCAUGCGUAUAUGACGACGAAUCGUAGUGUGAUCUAUGCUUACAUAGAUGGUCGUGGAUCAUCGAAUAAGGGUAGCAAAAUGCUUUUUGAGAUUUAUAGAAGAUUAGGUACCGUUGAGGUUGAGGAUCAGAUUAGCGUAACCAGAAAACUUCAAGAAAUGUUUCCUUGGAUUGAUUCUAAGAGAACGGGCGUCUGGGGCUGGAGUUACGGUGGCUUCUGCAGUGCCAUGAUUUUGGCAAAAGAUCUAACUUCUGUUUUUAAGUGCGGAAUAGCCGUAGCACCAGUAUCCUCUUGGAUUUAUUAUGAUUCGAUUUAUACGGAAAGAUAUAUGGGUCUUCCAACACCAGAGGACAAUCUUGGUGGUUACAAUGGAACGGACGUGUCAAGAAGAGUGGAGGAUAUUCGAGGGAAGAAGUUUAUGUUGAUACAUGGUAGCGGCGAUGAUAACGUUCAUUAUCAACAAUCAUUGGCAUUGGCAAAGGCCUUAGAGAAAGCCGAUAUAAUGUUCGAACAGAUUACUUACACGGACGAAGCACAUGCGCUCUUCGGUGUCUUGCCUCACCUUUAUCAUACAAUGGAUAGAUUCUGGAGCGAUUGUUUCAGUCUGUCUCACGCUCACUGAUUCCAAUAUUCCUUUUUCUUCAAUGAUCGAGAAUAUAUGACAUCGCUAAAAAGAAUAAUUGAGAACGAAAAGUCAGAUAGGGGAUUUGUAUUGUUCAAGAACGAUACAUAGAAAACUUCUCCGAGAGAAUUUCGAGAAACAUUUAUCUCGAAAAUGUCGAAAACAUAGAGUCGCUAUUUCGAUUCGAAUCAAAUCGGAUCAUACCUAUUGAGAUUUUUAAUUGAACCUUUCGAAUAUAAUUGAUGGAACGAAUAAAAAUUCUUUCUUAAUGUAUUUUAGAUCUUUGAUAAUCGAAUUAUUACUAAAUUAUUUCUAAAUUGCCGAUUUAUAUUCAAUUUUAUGAACGAUUUCUAACUUAAAAUUUCGAUUACGAAUAUUCAUUGUUAAGAUUGAAAAAAAACGAUUUAUUAUAAAUAUAUCGAUUUUCAAUAA